AUCGAGCAUCAUCGUUUGGGUGGAAUAGUGUCCACACAGUGACAAAGCAGAACUCUCACUUAACCAUUAUUGAAACACCUGGGCUAUUUGCCGAAGAACAGGAUAUUUACGCAAAUAAAAUGAGACUUGCAGAAUCGGUGUACACCUUCACACCAGGCCCUGAUGCCUUUGGACUUGUAAUUCGAAUAGGUCGAUUCACACCAGAGGAGAAGACAAUGAUAGAUAUUCUUAGAGAAAUGUUUGGAGAAGAUGUGUUCCAUUUUACUGUUCUUAUCUUUACGAGAUUGGAUGAUCUAAAUUAUGAUGGUGUUACUCUGGAGGAAUACGUACAAGAGAGUACACCGGAGUUGAAGAGAAUCCUUAAUGCAUGUGGAGGAAGAUACAUUGGUUUUGACAACACAGGAACGUGGGAAUCCAGAUCAGAGUGUGGACAUAAGCUGCUAUCCAUGGUACAAGAUCUCCGGACGCAGAACUGCAACAUGGUUUAUACUGUGGCCAUGCUUGAGGACGCCACUAGGCGCCAACAGAAGAAAGAAGAAGAGGCUCGCAAAGAACAAGAACAGAGCUACAAGGAAAUGAAAGAAGAGUUGAAAAGUACCAUGAGACAGGAAAUGGAGGAUGAAAUAAGAAGACAGAGGCAGGCUGAACAAAGCAUCACUGCCCCUAUUUUAGCGUUAAACACUCAACGGAGAGAUAUUACAACAGGAUAUGAGCCAAGCAAACCAAAAAGUAAAAUAUACACAAGACAGAAGGAUGUAUCGGGGGACAUAGUCUGCAAAACAAAUUCAAGAGAAGGAGCUGCUUCUCUCAAACAUGAAAGAGGACCCAAGCCAAAGUUAAAACCAAAGCCUACACCUCCAAAAGUACAACAACACAUCUCUACAGAUACGCUCGUCCAAGAUGGUGCUCAAAACGAAGGACAUACUACCAGAGUGAAACCAAAACGAAGUGGGGUGAUUGGAAGAUUGAUUCGCUUUUGGGAGUCAUUUUUUCACUCAAAAUAA